UGUUGUGUUGUUUUGAAUUGUUUGAAUGUGAUGUUUGGAAGGGGUGCAGUGCUGUUGCUGUCCCAUCGCUUCAAUGGAAAAGGAUCGAGUGGGAUGUAAACUUCCCAACGGGUUUUGGUAAAUCCUUAUCAAGAAAUAGAUGAAGAUGACACCUUGAAAAUGUCUUCUAACGAUUAUCAGAUGAGAGGUUCAUCCAUGCUAAUCAUAGGUGUCCUUGUGGGUAUUUUGCAUUAUUACCAUGUGAAAUCACUUUAUGAAAAUGAUCGUCACUUCUCUCAUCUAUCAAGCAUUGAGCGAGAGAUGUGUUUUCGUUCUGAGAUGGGCCUGUACUAUUCAUUUUAUAAGAGAAUAGUUACAUCUCAUUCCUUCAAAGAUGGUUUAUAUAAAUUGACACAUGACAAUUUGACCGAGUACCCAGAUACCAUCAAUGCCUUGCAUAAAUUCAAUAUUUACCCCGAGGCCAUGAUUGGUGGCUUGUGGAGGAUUUACCAUCUGGGUGUCAAAACAUUUGGCUUGAAUGGAAAGCAGUGUUACAUGAUUCACCGAGGGGAAGGCUUGCCACCAGUAGAGAGUUGUGAAGGCUUUGGAGAACCGAUAUUGUUUUAUUUGGAAGUUGUAUGGAUGUUUGCUGGCAUUACAGCUUUCGUUCUAUACUAUUUUGGAUCUCAUUUAAGUGGAUCUCAAAUUGGUGGAUGCCUAACCAUUCUAUCUUUCUUCAUAAACCAUACUGAGAGCACUCGAGUUCAGUGGACACCACCUUUACGUGAAAGCUUUGCCUAUCCAUUCAUUUUACUUCACUGCGCCCUAAUUAGUUCAAUCUUACAAGAUUCUAGAAAGACAAUGCCAAGGCCAAGUUUUUGGAAGGGAUUAAUGUCUUUAUUCAGUUCAUUUGUUAGUCUCCUAUUUUGGCAAUUCUCGCAAUUUAUAUUAACCUGUGAAAUUGCCAUUUUAAUUGCAAUAUAUGCUUUUGGAUUUAUUAAAAGACACUGUUUGUCCCAAAUCCUGGCUUGGAUUUCUGCUGGCUUCCUCUUAGCACUCGUUGGGCUGGGAGGAAAUUCACUGUUAUGUUUUUCUUUUCUGUCCGCAAUUCUUACAUCAGCUUGGGUACUUUUAAUAUGUGAUGGGAGUGUAAAUAGCUUGGGAUUUGCCUGGACAAGUGUGCUCAAGAUUAUUAGCAUAAUUGCAUUUGCAAUUGUUCUGAAACUUGUAUUUCCUAGCACUGGUAAUGAUUCACACAUUGUAAAGAUUUUUCUGAGUAAAAUAUUCCCACACUCAGACAAUUUCCACACACUUAUGUACACCUGUGCUCCAGAAUUUCAAAGAUUACCUUGGUCUUAUGGUGUGGGCCUCAUGAAAUCCCUCCUUCUUCCACUUGUCCUGAUAGCAUUGUUGUUGGUGUUUUGGAACCCGACUUUCCACAUUUUGGCCGUCCUCAGAGAACAUUUUAGAAAGAAACUGUUGUUUCCUAGAUACCAAAACGCAUUGCAAUUAAAUGACGUAGUGAAAUUGGUUGAACCAGCCAUAGUGUUCAACACUUGCCUUCUUAUCGCUUUCUUUGUUUUAUCCAUGAUGGCAAUGCGCUUGAAAUUGUUUCUAACUCCUCAAAUGUGUGUUUUAGUUUCCCUCAUUGCAUCAAAAGAGUCAGUAAACUCCAUCCAAAUUUUAAGAGAGAAAAAAAGUUUGGAGUAUCUUACAUUGCUGAUAAUCUUUUGUGCAAUUUACCUGUCAGGAAUAGAUAAUAUCAAAAGACAGCGUAGCAUUGAGGGAGAGUAUUCAAAUUACCCUCUGGAGGAACUCCUCACAUGGGUGCAAAUGAAAACUAAAUCAAGUGAUGUGUUUGCUGGUCCUAUGCCUGUAAUGGCAAGUAUUCUUCUAUCAACGGGGCGUCCGAUAGUAAAUCACCCGUACUAUGAGGAUGAAGCUAUGAGAAAUCGCACUUUGUUAGUGUACUCUCUGUUCAGUCGGAAGACUCCAUCUGAAGCAUUUGAAUCUAUUAAGCGUUUAGGUGCAAACUUUGCUGUUCUGGAGGCUAAUAAGUGCUUUGAUCACAUGCAACCAAGAAAAGGAUGCAAGAUGACAGACCUAUGGGACAUUGAAGAUCCAAUGAACACCAAGAGGCCUCCACUCUGCCCCACUUUGUUCAGCAAUGAUGCUUCUCCCUUUGAACGUGUUUUCUUCAAUGCAGAAUAUGUUGUCCUGAAAGUAGGCCUCAGGUAAUAUAGUAUAGUAAAUUUAAGAUGAUCCAAAAAAAGUGUUUGCAACAGUAUUAUUUUUCCAAAAUACCAAUUGUAUCUUAGUCAGAUUUGAAACAAAAAUAAACUUCAACGUAGAGGUUUCCAGCACCAAUAGUAAAAAAAUUA